AUGGACCGAUCUUCAGGGCUUUCGUUCGGCCACAUAGCGUAUCUGACGUUUGAAUCGGUACUCCAGGUGGUGAUCGUAUCGUUUGCUGGAUUUUGGUGUGCAUACUCGGGGCUGCUCCCCAAACAGGGGCAAAAAGUGAUCUCCAGACUUAAUGUGGAUCUGUUCACGCCGUGCCUGAUUUUCAGCAAACUGGCACGCAGUCUGUCAGUAGCGAAAAUCUUGGAAAUCGCAGUUAUUCCGAUUUUCUACGCCAUCACUACAGGCGUGUCGUUCGGAUCGGGCAAACUGAUGAGUCGCAUCCUGGGACUCGACAAGGACGAAUCGAACUUUGUGGUUGCCAACUCGAUUUUCGGCAACAGCAACUCGCUUCCGGUGUCUUUGACUGUCUCGCUCGCGUACACGCUGCCGGGACUGCUGUGGGACGAGAUCCCCAACGACAACUCCGAUAACGUGGCCAGUAGGGGCAUCCUGUACUUGCUGAUCUUCCAACAGAUCGGUCACGUGCUGAGAUGGUCGUACGGUUACAACACGCUGAUGCGGUGGAGUGGCGACCGUGGCGUGCCCACGGCCAUCAGCGUAUCCGAGCAGCUCGAGGUACCCGAACAAUCGCUCACAAACGACUCGGAGGGUCUCAGCACAUAUUCGGGACGCACUUCUGGAUCUUUCUCCAAGUUCCGGUCCAAGACCUCCCAGAUCUGCAGCAAAGUGAUGUCGGCUAUGAACCCACCGUUGUGGUCCAUGGUCUUCAGUGUUUUAGUGGCCUGCAUCCACCCCAUCCAGCACGAGUUUUUCAGCAAAGAUGGGUUUAUCAACAACACCUUGUCUGACGCCAUCACGCAACUGGGAGGCAUCUCCAUUCCAUUAAUCCUGGUUGUUUUGGGAUCGAAUCUGUAUCCAUCUCAGGAUACUCCUCAAAUGACCAGAAACUACAAGAAGAUGGUGUUUGGCUCCAUUGUUGGUCGCAUGAUCUUGCCCUCCAUGGUCAUGCUGCCGAUCAUCGCAUUGGCAGUGAAAUACAUAAAAGUGAGCAUACUGGAUGAUCCCAUCUUUUUGGUGUGCGGCUUCAUUUUGACCAUUUCGCCACCAGCCAUUCAGUUGACGCAGAUCACUCAAUUGAACGAGUUUUUCGAAAGCGAAAUGGCAGGCGUGCUGUUCUGGGGUUACGUGGUAUUAUCAUUACCAGUGAGUAUUUUUGGUGUUAGUGCCGCCAUGAGCGUAUUGAGAUGGGCUCAAGAAUCUCAUCAAUAA